AAGGGAACAUGAUGGGAAGUAUGGUCACGCUCCAAAGGGGCUCUUCUUCUGCUAAAACAGCAAGUAGUUGAGAGACCGCCCUUCUGAGGCUGCCUGGGCCUCACUGUGCCCAGCUAGCCGCGGGCUGGCAUGCAGUGGAGCUGCUUGAAAGGAGGCCAUGGUAUCUGUUCUGCAUUACCUGCUUCUGCUCUGGCUGGGUUGUGGCGGAACAGCCAGCAAUGAGCAGGAGAUGCCAAUGCAAGUUGUUGAAGCAACAGAGUCUGAUACAGUAAUUCUGCCCUGCUCUUUUGAUCCUGCACUGGCCUCGGAUUAUCUGGAUUUGACUUGGUCCAGUCCGUCUGGGGACCUGCUGUUGUACACAUAUGUUCAAUACCUUCAGUCAGGCGCAAGACUAGGUGACAUGUGGGGACUGUUGCUCUACAACAUCUCCAGGCAAGAUGAUGUUUGGUUCACUUGUCAGUGGAAUGGCACCUCGGGAACAAACCACGCACUCCCAAACGGGACUGCAAGACAACUUGAAUUCUUCCCAUGUGAUGCUCCCAUGCCCAAUAACCGGAUGGAAGGGUUACUUUCCUGGCUUGAGCAGAAUUCACUUGCUGAAGAGACAGUGUUGGUGAAAGUGCAUAUAUCACUCUCUCCUUAUCACAGGAUGAUCAUAAAGCAUGAUACCAUUUUUUUAAUCAUUCCAUCAGUAACCUUUAAUGACACUGGAAACUACACCUGUGAGUGGAAAGAGCAAAAACGCCAUUUUCAGCUGAAAGUAACAGUGAAACCAGCCUACUUGAAAGGUUUUUGGCAAGCUUUUGGAGACCAGCACUGGAUAAUCUGGACGGUGGCUCUGGGAUAUAUAGUCUUCUGUCUUGGCUCUGUCUUGUGUUUCCUGUGGCUCCGACAUGUCACUCGCGCUCGUAAACAACAAAUGAAGUUGAGGUCCCCUGCCAGGAGAAGGUACUUUGGUGCUAAGAGGAACAAGCCACAUAUCUCCAAUGGGAUUGUGGCAUCUCCAGCAACUGAAGAUGCAGCAGAGCAAGUGGAUGCCUUCUCCUAUGAGAAUGUGUUGCCAGACAUUGCUCCUGGAAGGAAUGGCCAAAGGUUACUUCAGAAAGGAAAGAUCCUACCCAAUACAAUCAACAUGGAAGAUGAAGAAGUGUAUGAAUGCCCUGAUAGUGAAACAGAACUCAAAUCAGAUGAUGAUGACAACUAUGAGAAUACCCAGGAAGAAGGAACACAGGGAGAAACAGUUGCAAAAGAUGUUUCCUUAUAUGAAAAUAGAGGAAGCAAGGUGAAACCUGUCUCUCACAAUUCGGACUCAGUUGAUGCAUGCUAUGCAAACAAAAACCCAGAGGCUCCCAAGAUUCUGUCUCAAGAUCCAGUUGAUGAAGCUGAUGGUGAAAACUAUGAGAACUUGGAAGAGGAAUCUCCUCUGAGCCCUGGAGCCUCACGCCUGAUAGCAGGUUUACGCCUCCACCUGUCUCUGGACCCUCACAUUGAUAGGCAGGAUGGCGGUAGUGAGGCUUCUACAGGCUCCCAGUCCUACGAAGAGAUGAAUGGGUCCUUGUCCCCCACUGCUAUCAAGCCUCUUCUGCUGCAACCCAACACAAGCAAUGAGGAAGAUGCCGAUUCCUAUGAAAACAUGGAAAGCCCAAACGGCUUCAAUUCACGCAAUGAAGGCAACAUGGAUCUCCAUGGAGAAGGCAUGGCCAUUAGCUCCCCGUGGCAACAUCUGUCUAUUGCUUCCAGUGCUGAACUUAGAGGCGGUCGGCUGUGUUCAGACUAAAUCUAGAGGUCUUGGGACCAUUUGACCCCUUGCAAUGCCUUUCUCAAGCCAAGAACUUAUAUCUUUGAGUUUGGAAGAAGACGCCUUUCAUUGCCAUCACUCUUCAUUCCCUUGAACCAGAGGAUUAUGAAGGUCAUUUAAUACUAAAAGAAGGGUCUGAGAGACUGGACCUCUAGUUUUGAACUCUGGGGUUGACUCAAGUAACGGACCAGUAAGCAACCUUAUAUAUCUGAAAGGGAAGCAGAAGGGUUGGCGACAAACAGAUAGUCUCUUUUAAUUUUUUGGAGAAUUGAAAGAGGAAGGAGAGUGCUUUUAGUGGUAUAGGUAAAGGUUUUGUUUUUGUUUUUGGAGGGGGGAGGUUCAUACAAUCAUUUCCGGCCAAAUAGUUUUUUAAAACCAGUUGACAGAUGAAUCUGAACCAAGAUUUGUGGUCCUCCAACUGUUAAUGUUGAACCUCAACUUUCUUCAGACUUAGGCAUGCCUUAUAUCCCAGAAUCCGAGCCCAGAUUAUCUGUUUAUCCCAGAUUAUCUGGAAUGAUAGACUCAUAUAAUCCAGUUGGCAGUGUAGAUCCAGCCUUAGGCAGUAUUGCAAGUGGUGAGGGAUAAUAGGAGUUGCACUCCAACAGCAUUUAGAGAUAUAAAAUUGAUCUAACUCACAUGUCAAACUCAAGUCCCGCGGGCCGAAUCUGUCCCACCAUGUCAUUUUAUAUAAUCCUCCAUGGGACUACAAUGCCUGUGUUCUUCAUCACUAGGAAUCAUGAGCACCGUUGAUUGGAGUUGUGAUACAAUCACAUCUGGAAGGCUGCAAUUUGUUCUGUUUAGUCAGGAUAGUAGGGUUUGAAUUUAGGUACAAGGCUUGUAGAUAUGACGUUGGGUUACAAGUCUUGUUAUUCCCAGUCUGUGUGGUGGAUAAUCAAAAGUGAUGGCAGUUGUUAUUCCGUAACACCUGGAGACCAAAAUUGGGUAAAAUCUAAAGAGC